AUGCAUUCGUCCUCCCCCGAAGAAGUCGACCUUGUGGAUCAUGUUCUCCAGAAAAAUGGCUCGAAGAGCGAGUAUCUGGAAGCUGAACCCGCAGUGGACAUCCUCUCGUCAUCUGGAUUGACACCUGGAGUUCUUUUUGAAAUAUGGCGCAUAGCAGAUGUGAAGGCGAAAGGGCAUUUAACGAGAGGUGAAGUAAAGGUCGCGUUGAGACUGGUUGGAUGGGCGCAGCGUGGGGUCACUGUCAAGAAGGACCUGACCAACAAAGAUGGCCCAUUGGCGUAUUUAAAAAGCGCAAGUCUAGCUUGGCCCAUCGGAAAAGACCCGAAAUAUCUGCAGUUUCCGCCACUUUCUACUCAUAAUAAGCGACAAUAUCGGAAGAUUUUUGAACGUGCUGGGGCAAGCGACGGCUCUCUGAGCGAGAAUGCAUGGCGAUGGUGGUCUAAAUCCGGCUUCUCAUGUUCAACCCUGUCUGCAAUAUGGGAUCUGGUUGAUGAACGCAAGGACGGAUCUCUGCGAUUCCCCGAGUUCUGCCUCUCAAUGUACCUUGUGCAAGGCCUCCUGGACCACACGUUGACCGAUCUGCCUUCAUCUAUACCUUCAAGGCUACGAGAUCAAACAUGUGAUCAAACAUUUGAUUCACUAGAGACAUUCUCCAAAACUCCAGCUGAGGGCCGGGCGGCUGGAACAAAUGCAUUCACGGCUGAAUGCACGAUACCUCAAACAGAACUCGCGAAUUGGACCCUGUCUCCUUCUUUUUUGGACUAUGCCGAACGGAAAUUUGAAGAGAUGAAGGCAGUUGGAGAUGAUGCUGUUUACGGAGAUGUUGCUGUGCCGUUCUUUCUUCACUCAACGUUACCAGAGAGAGAGUUAUCCGCCCUGUGGGAUCUAGCUGAUCCAAUGCAGACCGGCCACCUUUCCCGGAAAGGAUUUUCAAUUGCUCUUUUCCUUGUUUACCGUGCGCUCUUUGGUUUGGAUAUUCCUCAGGUCCUGCCACCAUCGUUGUCUCGUCUCCGGCAAGAUGUAGACGACCCCACCGAUCUGAGGAUGUCGGAGAAAGAAGACCAGCCUCCACCGGUACCGACAAAAGUCGGGAUCGUUGAUGCUUCUGAACGGGGAGAAUGUGCUGAUAUACCCGUCCCGAAAACGCCAACAGUUCCGCCAAAACCUGAGGAAUAUAAGCCAGAAGCCUCGAUUGACGAUGUCAGUGCAUUACAGGCGGAAUGUCAGAGGAUGAAAAGAACGCUCACCAUCCUUGGGCGAGAGAACGAAACUCUACGUUCAUCCCUCCAAGAAGAACAACGUCUACAGACUGAACUUGAUCAAGCUCGAGUUCAAAUCAUCGAAGAAUCGGGGAGGGUGGAAAAGUUUCGCUCGAAACUGCAAGACCGUGAUAAACUUCUUUCGCAGUUUCGAAAGUCUGCGAAGGUGGCGGAACAGGUCAAGCAAGAGAACAUCUCGCUUCAUUUGCAGGUGGAAGACUUAUCAGAGAAGCUGCGGAAUUCACUCGCGGAGACCGAAGUUCAAAAAAUUGUGCAAGAGGAGCUAAGGGCAGAGGUGAAUCGUCAACAACGACAAGUACACGAGUUGCGUGACUCUGUACACCUUCCAUCGGCAGGCGGAAAUGAAGAGUUACAGAUGUUGAUUAAUGAAGACAUUUCGCGAGAAAACUCCCGAUUGAGGAUCCAGGUACAGGAGUUGUCAGAAUCUGUUUCCCAGCUCCAGGUUGUUAGUGAAGAGCGGGAUACACAGAGGCAGACGGAGAGGACACUGGGAAGGGAAAAUCAACGACUCAGAAGAAGGCUACGACAGUUAGAAGCCGAUUCUAUUGCAAUACAGACGCAGUUGAGGAGAAGGGCGGAGGAAUUGUCCGAAGAAAGCCGUCAGCUGAGGCAGGCAUUGCAGCCUGCGAGAUUCCGGAAUCAGACUGGACAGACUGGACGACGACAUAUGAAUUCAGAUGAUGCACUACCACCUGCGUACGAAGAAAUUGAAACCAUAUGA